AAAAUAGCCUGCAGUAGAGCGUGAAACGGUGAAUACAACUGGUUUGCCCUCUCAGUGUCUAUGCGAAGUAUCUACAGUAAACUGUCUUCAGCGGUGAAGAUAUGGAGAACAAUAUGGAAGAGAAUGUGUUUGCCGCCGAGAAACUACUAAACCGGCGUCUUAAAAAGGGAAGAGUUGAGUACCUGGUGAAGUGGAAGGGUUGGUCAGAAAGGCACAACACUUGGGAGCCCGAGGGGAACAUUUUAGAUAACCGACUGCUUGAACGGUACGAACAGAGAAUGCAGACCAUGAAAGAGUCAUCAAAUCUCAUAAAGAAACCGAGGGGGAAACGAAUGGGAUUAAAAUUUCCUUAUCGCAAACACCAACCAGAUGCAACGAAUACUCAUAAAGAUGUUGAGCAUGAUGCCACAAAGUAUGACGUCACACCGGAUGUCGAUACUGAUGUCCAAUCAUGUAAGCAGAGGGAUAAACUUCAAAAUAUAAGCUCCAGUGCGAACGAAAUCAGCAAACAUUUCGAUUUACAAACCAUCAAGCCUCGUGUACCUAACGAGAUGUUAAUAAACGGUACAACAGCUAAUAGGCAUACUAGGCCUAGUAUAAAUUCUGAUACAAGGGCCUUUAAACGGAAAUCAGGGAAACCAUCAUCUGUAUCACCAAAGGAAGCAUACGUAUUUAACAUGAAUUUUUGGAAGGGCCUGAACCGAUACAGCACGUACCCAAAGACCUCUUACAAUUCAACCGCUAACAGAGAUAAAUUCUGGUCGCAUGACGAUCAGGCCGCAUACCCAAUGGGAAAUCAUACAAACGUAGCCUUCUCUCAGUCAUCGCUCAGCGCCGAUAUUCACCCGAAGAGAAAGGCUUCCCUCCCUCAACAGGAAGAGCCACUUGACUUAAGUAUCAAAAAGCCUAGAUUAACGAGUUCUUCAUCAAAUGAGGGACUCGACGCUAAGCAACUGGUUGCUAGUUAUUCAUACACAAGAGGACAAUCAAAUGUAGCUUACCUAGAUGCGACUGUAUCGACCCUAAACGUGGAUUAUACAGAUAGAAUAUACAAUAAUGGCUCGACCCAAAAAACGAUUUGAAAAGUAACAACCAGAAUGAUUAGUUAAACCAAUUAAUGACAAUGGCGGGAAAACAGCUUGUUUAAACACGUAUCAGUUUCACACGUUUGAAAGAACAAAAUUAACAACAAUGAUGUAAAACGAAGAUGCGGAACUAGCAGGAAACACGCUUUACUUUAUCGUUUUCAAUGUAUAAAGUCUUUAUAGGAGGCUAUAGAUUUCUUCGGUGUGAAACACAACAAUGAUGACCCAAGAAAGUUCGAGGAAAUAUUUCUUUGGGGUGCUUCUGAUGGUGAAUUAGGCAGUUUAAUUUCAGUCAUCCAUCUGAAAAAAUGGAGAGCAGCGAAGGAAUUGAACUGGACACGAAUAUUAUUUAAAGAUCCACGGUUGGCUUCCACUAAGUUAAGCUGUUUUCUUAAAUCAUAUUAUAGUUUUCUUGCCAAAUAUAUCAGUGGUAUUGACACUGUCUCAUUUACAAGGGAAGAGAAAUUUCACCAAUGGUUCUUAUACUUUGUAGCAAUCAAUUUGCUAGUUUUGUUCUAUUCAUGGGAUACAAUAUCAGCCAAUGUUCAAAACCACAGGACCGUUUUGUUCAUCAAUGAUUGUAGUUUUUAUUGUUUCGCGAUUACAUACGGAUAUUUUGAUUAUCAUGGUUCUUCCGUAAUAUUCUGAGAAAUGGAUGCCAGUGUUAUACGGUCAAAGCAAUCUAAUAUUAACAUUAGCACAAACACCAGACUAAGGACAUAUUUGAUUUUUGCGUAAGAUAAAUAAGAAUGGAGUAAUGAUGGCCUAUUCGUCGAGUCUGUUUAUAAUGUUAGUGGUUCCCGUGGCGACAGCCAGCUAUUUGAAUUUCAAAGAGUUGGCCUAUUUCUCUUUAAUUUGGCCUAUUUACAAACAACUGAGUUUACAUUAAUGUCGAGUCGAUAAUAAUUGUUUAUAACCAUUUACCAGACUGGCUAAUGUUUUAUUAACGGCCUAGCACCAACGAGGUAUGAUACGUAAUAUAUUGGCAAUAAUACAAAGGGUACUGUUUACAAGUAGCAAUGUAUUAUGUUCUACUACAAAGUAGUAUUUACGAUUCACAGAGCAAAUGGAAAAAAUGAGUGGUAAUUUAACAUAUAGGGCUGCUGCAACAAUGGCGCCAGGAUUUGUCCAACGGGGAGCUAAGUGAUCUGACAGGGAGGUCUGACACUUUCUGGCGGGGUCCAGGGGUAAAGCCAUGGCGGGGGCCAAUAGGCUAAUCCUUUACUACCCAAAGAAACUGGCCAUUUUGGGCGAUUUUAAUUGUUGUCACUGAUUGUACUGUUAUUACGUAAGAAGGGUACCGAUACACAUUUUUAAACCAAAUAUUUCAGGCCUAAAUAAACACCAUGUGAGGAAAGAAA